UAUGAACGUGAGGGCCACGCGGUUUGUUAGGCUUCUUACCCUUCUUUCAAGAUGGGGUUUGAAGUCAAAGUCCUUGCAGGGGAUUUUUUUCCCUCAACUCACCCCUCACUCCUCACUGGAGACUUCGGAGUUGGGAGAAGGAACCCAUGAUCUAUUCGACCCUAAGUACUCACUGACACACUCCACGAUCAAGGGUCCCCGUUGGGAUGGCAUGGCCUUCUCUUCCUCCAUCAAAACCUUUGCUACCUCACUAGCCCUUCUCUCCACUCUCCUCUUCUUCCUCGUCUUCUCUCAUUCUUCCCCACCGAAACCCAGUCAUCCCCUCUCAACCUCAAUUCUCUCCCGGAGGUUCCUCCUCAACAACACUUCGUUUCCUCCUCCUUGCUCAUCCAUACUUCAAAUACCAUCUCAGCAACGCUGCUCCUUCUCCAUCUCACACUGUGGUGGAGACUCCAAUGGCCUCUUCAACUACUCCUCUCUCCAUUUCUGCUUCUUCCGCGAAAACUCCUUCCUCUCAAUCUCUUCGCUUUCUCUUAUUAUCCUCUUGCAGUUCUAUAUCCUGGUCAGGACGGCGCAGGAUCGAUUCUCCGUCGUCGUUACGAAGUUAGCGAUCCAUCUAAAUCUUUCACCUAGUAUGGGCGCCGUGACCCUCCUUGCCCUUGGCAACGGUGCUCCUGAUGUGUUCGCAUCUGUAGCUGCGGUGCGCGGUGGACACCCGAGGACUGGUCUUGGCGCAAUUCUUUCUGCCGGAACUUUUGUAUCGGCCUUCGUUGUUGGUUUUGUUGCGAUUUACGCUGCGCCUUUUUCCGUCGACCCGGCACCUUUCGUGAGGGAUGUUCUAUUUUAUUUGAUUGCGGCGCUAUCCUUGUUCUCUGUAUAUCUCAGUGCGGAGAUAUUCCUUUGGCAGGCAAUUGGGUUCGUUGGGUUUUAUGUGUUUUUUGUUGCUUUCGUGUUUUGGAUGGAUCUGCGAGUGGAAGCAAGGGGGAAGGAUGAUGAAGCUGCAAUGGUGUUUGGGGAAGUCCGGAAGGGUUCGACGUCGAAGGUAUCGGAUUGCGAGAACGGUGAAGGGAUGGGAAUUUUGGAGGAACAAAAGACGGGGUCCGGAUGUUCUGAAACUCUUGGGAAGGUAUCAAGAAUGUGGGAAAUUCCAGUCUCAGUUCUUCUUAAACUCACAAUUCCACAGCCAGAACUCUCAGAGUGGAGUCGGUUCUACAUUUCAGCGAACAUUGCUCUGUGCCCCUUAGCCAUCUUAUAUACAUGCAGUUCAUUCAUCCCACUUAACCACAAAAUUGUAUUUCUCCUACCGUACAACCAUUUUCCUCUCUGGUCUGUUGUACUCUUCUCUAGCUCUUCUCUUGCACUACUGCAUUAUGCGUUGGAAAAGGAACCCCCAAAAGCUGAGCAGAUGCCAGUGAUAAUAAUUUCUUUUAUGAUGAGCGUAUUUUGGAUAUCCACUGUAGCAGGGGAACUCCUCGAUUGUCUGGCAGCAGUGGGGACCAUUCUUGAAUUGCCUCCAACACUUCUUGGGCUGACGGUACUUGCUUGGGGAAAUUCAGUGGGAGACCUUGUUGCCGAUGUGGCGGUUGCAAGGGCAGGCCAGCCGGCAAUGGCAAUGGCCGGGUGCUUUGCAGGGCCCAUGUUCAACAUGCUUGUUGGAUUGGGUACAGCACUGGUGAUGCAAACAAUGGAUAUCUAUCCAACGGCAUAUGAGCUCCGGUUCCACGUGAGUAUUGUGAUCGCAUUCGUGUUUUUGCUGUUGAGCCUAAUGGGGUCCCUGUUUGUGGUGACUUUCUUCAGGUUCCGGGUGCCAAGAUUCUGGGGAUUCUUCCUUGUUGGACUGUACUGUCUUUUCAUUAUGGUUAGCUUAAUAAUUGCUAAGAUUACAGGAUGAGUUCUGCGAAGGCAUUUACAGUGACCAGUACAUUGAAACUAGAAAUGAUGAUACACACAAUUGAGUUGGCAUUAAUAACAUAGCCUCAAGAAACUGAGUAAGAUAUGGAUGCUGGCUAAAGAUCCAUCGCUACCGCCAAUUAGAUAUGAUGCACUCGAUCAAGUUGCCAUAAACCCAUAGCCUCAGGAAACUAAAGUUACAGAUGCAUGCUGGAGAGCUAGCGGACAUUGUUGCAUCUAUGAGCUGAAGGUUUUUGUCUAUGAUACAUGGAUGCGCAGCUGAAGUGGGAAAUCUCUGCAAAUCAUGGAAUUGUAUGUGGGUUGCAUCUCUCUGGGAUCAGUUGUGUUACUCUUCUCUGUCAACCAUUACUUAGAUUUUUUUUUUUUUUUGUUUCUAACUGAUAGUCAAGCGAGAAUAGAUUGAUUCUUUACAAUAUGUAAUGCAAAAACAUUUUAUUGGUUCUCAAGAUAUAAUGAAUAUGGUAUUGACUUUA